AUGAUGAUUAAAGAUGUUGUCAAAAUUUACAAAGCGGGAUCAGGGACACUGCAUGCCCAGUUGGCGGACUGGACUAAAUCUGAACUAAAUCACUCUGAAAGCCGAAGGAUCGAUAUGACAAACUACCCUGGUGGUACGAUAGUCAAACUGAAGAAGGCCAUUGUUGAGCAUCUCCAAAAGGUGAUCAAUGGAUGGAAGAAUGGGUCGAGUAGAUGGGUCAAAAUGAUGGCAGAGGAGAUUGAGCAGCAGAAAAAAGAGCUUUCCCAUCUGGAAUCAGAAGCAGCCUCAGCCUGGGGUGGAAGUUGCAUCAGUAGCGUGCAGGACAACAUUACUGAUAGUGUGCCAAGCCAUCCAAAUAAUGCCACACUCGCAAGCAGCACCGCUCACAUAGAGGCUGGGCCAGUGACACCCAUGGAACCUGGCCCUAGCAUGAGGACCAACUUGAAGAAGCGCAAGGCGCCAGCAAAUCCAAAGCCAUGGAAAACCCACUGA